CGCGCAUGCGAGAGAGGCGACAGUCCGCCGGGUGGGAAAGCGGGGCUGGUUGGAAGAGGUGGUUCACACCUGGUGGGGACACGUUCCUCGGCGGGGAGUGGAUGUGAACCUGGCCGUCCCGGGACCCCAGUGGUUGCGGGGGUUCUAGAAGAGCAGCCUCUAACUCCUCACAAAGGGGAGGGGAUUGAGGCCUUAAGCCUGCCUCACCCGAGAGUGGCCAGGGAGGCCCAGAUGGCUUGGGGGGCGGACAGAGGGAGGGCCCGAGCCCAGUGGGGUGGUCGCUAGGAAAAGGGGUUGGCAAUAGGUUUAAGACAGGGCUGAAAAUUAACCAUGGGGUGGAGUCUCCGGACUGAGGCUACUGCCAUGAGGUUAAAUCAGAACGUCUUGCUGCUGGGAAAGAAGGUGGUGCUGGUACCCUACACCCCAGAGCAUGUGCCUAGGUAACCAUUCCCCAGACGUGGGGUGCAAGCCAGCUCUCCAAGGUGCGGUGAGGUACCACGAGUGGAUGAAAUCAGAGGAGCUGCGGCGUUUGACAGCCUCCGAGCCACUGACCCUGGAGCAGGAGUAUGCGAUGCAGCGCAGCUGGCGGGAAGAUGUGGACAAGUGUACCUUCAUCGUGCUGGCUGCAGAGAAGUGGCAGGCCCAGCCGGGCACCAGCGAAGAGAGCUGCAUGGCGGGAGAUGUGAACCUCUUCCUCACGGAUAUAGGGGACCCCUCCUUGGGGGAGAUUGAGGUCAUGAUUGCAGAGCCCAGCUGCAGGGGCCAGGGCUUGGGCACUGAGGCCGUCCUCAUGAUGAUGUCUUAUGGAGUGACCAAGCUAGGUCUGACCAAGUUUGAGGCUAAAAUUGGGCAAGGAAAUGAACCGAGCAUCCGAAUGUUCCGAAAGCUUCACUUUGAGCAGGUGGCUGUGAGCAGUGUCUUCCAGGAAGUGACGCUCAGGCUGAAGAUGACGGAGCCGGAGCGGCAGUGGCUUUUUGAGCAGACCAGCCACGUGGAGGAGCAGCCCUACAGAGAUGGGGCAUCAGAGCGCCACUGACAGCCCGCCUCUUGGGAAGGCCACCCUGUGUGGACAGGGGUGUGAGACCAGAGCCCUGCAGCAGGUGAACGGGCAGAGCGCUGCGCCCCUGCUC